AUGACGAGAACCAACUUGUCCCUCCCGCGCUUGGAAAGUUUUUGGUGUUUGGUGGAAGUACUGGGGGUUUACUGGGAACAUCCCAAGCAUAUUCCGACGGAAUUCACGAGACAAUGUGAUGGCUUUGGUCAUCGACGUAAACUGAUACUCGAGGAUUUGAAGGGUCGAUCAUGGCCGGUUCAUCUGUGUAAAAGAAUGGUGAAGUAUGGAUCGUUGAUAAGCAUUGGAAAAGGUUGGUUGCAGUUUGCAAGGGGUAGCAAGCUGGAGGUAGGUGACAGAUGCAUUUUCACGGUGGUGAGUGAAAGUGCAGAAAUGGUGAUGCAAGUUGAAAAAAUUUAGAAAAAAACUACUCUCUCAUUAGAUUUGA